AUGGAGCAGAACACCCAGGUUUCGUCCGCCGCGCAGGACUUUGUCUAUACUUCGCUGACGGUGGGGAAUGACGGAACGAAUGCCGAUUCCAACCGUUCUCGGCCCCAUAACAGCAACGAUACCCACGAGCCGAAUAAUACGACCGAUGCCCUAUCGCGGUUGGCACAGCAAAACGUUGCGCCUUUCCUUGCAAAGUAUCAUCCUCGCCAGUACGCCCCGUUCCGCUCGCCGGAGGGUACCCCUGAGAUCCCUCGUCCGGUGAACGCAGGCUACUGCUACCGCCACCAGCCAGAUUCCAAGUGCAGGCGACAGGCGGAUGAACAAUCCAUGCGCCAGCUACAAACCGAACUUGACACACUUCCACAAAGUGACCAGCAGGGAAUCGCUCAUGUCUGGUCGCUAUUUUCCGCCGCCCCCGCCAAGCAGCGCAAGCUGAUGCUUCAGGGCGUUUUGGCUCAGUGCUGCUUCCCCCAACUCUCCUUCAUCUCUGCCAGUGUUCGAGAACUGAUCCGAAUCGAUUUCCUCACGGCCCUCCCUCCUGAGCUCUCCUUCAAGAUUCUCCGAUACCUUGACACGGCCUCUCUUUGCCGCACCGCACAGGUCUCUCAUCGCUGGAGAGCUCUGGCUGAUGACGACGUUGUAUGGCAUCGAAUGUGCGAACAACACAUCCGCCGCAAGUGCGCAAAGUGUGGCUGGGGCCUACCUCUGUUGGAUCGCAAGCGUUUGCGUGAAUCGAAGCGCGAGAUUGAAUUGCGGGCCACAAAUUGGGGAAAUGAGUCCUCGAAAUCUACCGGUGACGGCGCGCCAAACGGAACCUGCUCAGAUGUUGAGAUUACGGUCAAUGGCAAGCGGAAGAUCGAGACAGAUGACCAGAGCUGUGCUAUGAUCAAACGCCACUGCAAGUCACCAGCCUACAAGCCCGACCCGAAUGACGACUACUUCAAGACUCGAUAUCGCCCUUGGAAGGACGUCUAUCGGGAUCGAUUUGUGGUUGGCAUGAACUGGAAGCACCGUCGCUGUGCGCAGAAGGUCUUCCGAGGCCACACCGACAGCGUGAUGUGCCUGCAGUUCGAAGAUAAUAUCUUGAUGACCGGUUCGUACGACGCCACGGUCAAGAUUUGGGACAUGGAGAGUGGUGAAGAGCUGCGAACGCUCCGCGGCCAUACUGCCGGAGUUCGCUGUCUCCAGUUUGAUGACACCAAGUUAAUCACGGGCAGUCUGGAUCGCAGCAUCAGAGUGUGGAAUUGGCGUACCGGAGAAUGUAUAUCCAAGUACAACGGCCACUCCGAGGCGGUCAUUGCGCUACAUUUUGAUUCGACUCUUCUUGCAUCUGCUUCCGUCGAUCGGACAGUCAAAAUUUGGAACUUCAAGGACAAGUCCACUUUCGUCCUCCCCCACCCCGAAGGCGUCAACGCAGUCAAAAUCGACACGGCCUCUCACACAGUCUUGACAGCCUGUGACGAUGGUGCAGCUCGCCUUUGGGAUCUAAACACCAAGCAAUGUCUUCGAGUCUUCCAUAACCACAUCGGUGCGGUGCAGCAGGUUAUCCCCCUGCCUCGCGAGAUCGAGCUUGAGAGCCACCUGGAUGACUGUGAGAACGACCACACAUCCCUCAAGGAUGGUGAUGCCGUUAUCAACACUCUUUCCCCCCUGCUAGAAUCCAAGUCUCUGUCCGCGCAGCCAUCAUCAUUUAGCUCAUCCUUCGACCAGGACCAGGAUCGCCAGGAGCCACCACGGUAUAUCAUCACUAGCGGUGUUGACGCUACCAUCCGCCUGUGGGAAACUAACACUGGCCGAUGCCUCCGCACCUUCUUCGGCCAUUUGGAGGGUAUAUGGGCACUUUCUGGUGAUACUCUGCGUAUUGCCUCUGGUGGUAUGGACCGCAUGGUCAAGAUCUGGGAUCCGCGCAUCCCGACCUGCCAAGACACCUACGAAGGCCACUCCGCGGCAGUCAACUGCAUCGGUCUCAGUGAUAGCCGCUUCAUCACCGGUGGCGACGAUUACCUUGUCCGCAUGUAUGACUUCCGGGCUUAA